AACACAGUUAGGGGGAUUCUGACAAGAUGACGUUCAGCUGUGGGCUGCCUCUAUUUAGUGCGCACUAGUGAGACCCUCCUCCCUUCGUUUUCGCUCUAUAGCACACUGCAUAACACCGGGGCUGUCUGUAUGUCCGUUCUCGUGUCAUUCAGCAGAUGAAUCGCAUCCCGGUUCAGACGUUACCGGUCAUCUAUUAGAGCUCCGGAAACGUCUCUGCGUGGAAUAACGUUUUCGCGCUGCUGUCAUGCUGGAAACGGGUCGCUAUUGUGGAUUUGCGAGAUUGCAGGAACGAUGAACGAAUAAAAGCGCAGCGACGUGGUUGAUCGACAAACGCUGCGUUUCAAACCCGGCAGCGGUUCGCUUGAAUAAUCUGUCAGUAACAGGCGUUCAAGACGGACGGCGUCCAGGAGCACAGAGGCAGGACCCGCGCGAACAUGAGGGAGCGAGACUUUAUGCCAAACAUGGAACGGGGCAAACCGGCCACAUACACGGGAGACAAAAAAGCUAAAAUGGCUGCUAAAACCAAUAAAAAGUGGGUGAGACUGGCUACUGUAUUCGCAUAUGUUUUGUCGGUGUCUUUGGCUGCUAUAAUACUGGCAAUUUAUUACAGUUUGAUAUGGAAACCCACGUCUGCGUCUGUGUCUGGAAGGUCAGACGUUUUUGUCCCGGCGGCAGUUAUGCCCAUAAACACAAAUAACAUCACAACAAGUGAUGUACCGACUACGAACAAGACGAAUAAUACGCCGCCGGUCAGCCUGAGAUCAACGGAGACCCCCACGUAUGCCCACUCCACUUCUUCACACAGACAACGCCGGGGUGAUAAAAAAGAUCACGAAGGCCUUCUCAGUAUCCCAACAGCAAAAACAAACGCUGACCAAACAGGAACAUUCGACUCUGCGCACACUCACGAAAAACCAGGACGUUUCCAUACAGCAGAAGUGUCGGAAACUAGUGUUCUUGUAGCAGAAGCAUCCCGUGAACCUCCUUCGGUCCAUGGAUCCACAUCUUAUACUCAACAAAGCGGCAGUCAGCCCAACACGUGGGAUUCAGCCUCUCCCAUAACUGACCGAGCAUCUUGGACAAGCUACAGUGCGAGACCUGACAUCUCCUCUUUGACAGAACGUGGUCUGGAAUUAAUGGAGGGCUCGUCUCCAUUGCAAGAGGAGUCGGUUACCAAGGACACAGAGAAUGCAGCAAGUGGAGUGUGACACCAGAUUAUUUGCGUGGCACGUAAUUAUAUGACAUUAACUGUGAUGACUCUGCAGCGAGAGAAAUAACAACUGCGAGUGCGAGAGAAGAAGUACUGAUUUUGUUUCUAUUUAAAGGACAGAAACUGUGUUGACCUUCCUCCUUUGAAAAGCUCAUUUAAAAGUUGUUACAUUAAAGAGUGCAAUAGAUGGGUUCCGAAAGUAAAAUAUCCCAUUCAUUUUCUCCAUUGAGGAAUUUUUAAAGACAGACCUACUGUGAGCUACAGGGUUGUUUAGUGAUGUUACUUUUUUUUAAACCAGCAGACUGCACUGUUUCAACUUAUGUUUAUUAGCAGAAUUCCUGGUUUAAAAAAUACAUUACACAUGAUUUUGAAGAGAAAUGUGCACCAAUUAGAGAACCACAUCAAGCAAAUUGCCCCCAAAUAAACUGUUAAAGCUAAGUAUAAAGUGUUGUACCCUUUUGACUGAUUUGAUAUAUAUAUAUAUAUAUAUAUAUAUAUAUAUAUAUAUAUAUAUAUAUUAUAUAUUUCAAAUCAAGUUUGUAAUGAUGUGAUUCAAAAACAUUUUGAAAAAAUGAAUGGGAAAAAUACUUCCAGAUCCAAGGCUGCUUAAAAAAUGGGCGGCACUGUGGCAUAAUUGAAACUCAUAAUACUGUAUAGCCACACUCAUAUUCAGAAUAACGGAGCAAUUAUGUGAUAUAGCUUUUAUACAAAAAUUCUGUAACCCUGCAAUUAAUAUCCAACAGCUUACAUUUGCAAAAAUUGGCCAGUUAGUGUGUAGCUCUCUUUUCAGUGAUAGUAGUUCUAAAAUAAGUUAUUACACGGGUAGUAUACAUUCACCCCUGUUUUUCUAAGUGGGGUGAUAAGACAGUGACGUUAUACUAAAUAUAAAGUCCUGGAACACUUGUUGGCAAAUCAAAUCAAGAAAAAAAAAACUAAUGGAUGCAUAAUGGAUUAUAAGACAAUGAUAAUGGAUUGGUUAAGCGAUACGAUCAUGCUUCCUGAGAUCUUUUGGACCAACAGGAAAAUGAGCCAUUCAUGUCGCCAACGAUGGACAAACAUCCUUCUGUAGCGUUUAUUUUAUUGUGAAGUAUAAUUGUGAGCAAGGUAAACACUGUUUAAAAAUUUGCCUGUAGAGUUCAUGAAUGCUCAGGAACGGACUAUCUGUCUUAAUGCAGAAUACCUGGCAAGUAGGAAAAAUUCACUGUGCAAACUCUCCCAUGUUGACAUUUUAAUUAAGUGUCUUUUAUAAAACAGCGUGGGUUGAGCAAGAUAUAUAAUAACUAAAAUAUGAUGUAUGAAUAAACAAAUAUUUUUUAUUCAGUGCAAUGAUUAUUAAACCAGAAACAUGUCCAUCUUUUGGAUUAUAAAGUGAUUGCUUAUACUAGAAAGAAAGGUGUCGUAAACAACAGAUAUUUAUAUCAGUCAUAUAUUUUAAAUGUAAAGCGGUAUUAUUAAUAAGCAGUAUUAUUAUUAAUAAGGCCACUUUGAAAAUUCUAUGAAUAUUGAUUUUAAUGAUUCUGAAUAAAAGAGGUAUCAAAUGAAUAAAAGUAUAAAGAAUUAAAUAAUGUAUUAUUAUUGUAUAGACUUUUUUCCUCCAUAUUUGUAUAUUUAUAUUUUACACUGACGAGCAUAAUCAUCCUUUUGUGCCACAAAAUAAUUUAUGAACAAUGUCUUGUCAAAGCA